CUGCAACAUCCCAAUCUGCCUUCAUCACUGCAGCGUUAAUCUGUCAAUCAGCCACUGCAGACAGUGUCUUCCAGAAAUUCUCGACUUUAACACCUUAGGCUGACGUUAUUUCUUUAUACUAGAUAUUCGGUACUGAGAAUGCAAUUUAUAAGUUGGACAGGCUGGGCUGGGAAAAAAAAAUUAGCAAAUGCCAGGUUCUGUGUGGGUCGACUGGACUACAAAGAGAGCAGAUGACAGGCCUGGCGAUCGGUCCUGGAGUCUGCCUUCCGAGUAGAGGAGAGGAAUACCAAAAAAAAAAAAAAAAAAAAAAAAAAAAAAAAGAGGACCACCGGAAGAAUCGGCACAACUCGGAGGUGCGGGCCGAGGACCAUAGAGGGUCUUUCCGCCUCUUCCUAGAGCGGCCGGCAGUUCCGCAAACAGCCCGCACUUCCGGCGAGCGAGGCGCGAGGAGAGCACAGUGGCGGCCUGCGCGAAAAUUUUGAGUUCCGUUCCUCUAGGCUAUAAGACCUUAGUUCAGAAGACAGUAGAAUCUCUCGACAAUACAUUUGCUUAUUCACCAUGAGGUUAGCAAAGCCUAAAGGGGCUAUUUCUCGAAGCUCAAACCAAGGCAAAACCUACGAGACCAAGCGUAAGACAGGCCGCCAGCGGCAGAAAUGGGGGAUGACCAUUCGAUUCGACUCCGGCUUAAGUCGGCGGAGAAGGAAUGUGGACGAGAAGCCCUACAAAUGUAAUAGAUGUUCAAAGAGUUUCGGUCAGAGCUCCACUCUUUUUCAGCACCAGAAGAUCCAUACAGGGAAGAAGUCCCAUAAAUGUGCUGAUUGUGGGAAGAGUUUCUUCCAGAGCUCGAACCUCAUUCAGCACCGGCGCAUCCACACUGGGGAAAAGCCCUAUAAGUGUGAUGAGUGUGGAGAGAGGUUUAAGCAGAGCUCCAAUCUCAUUCAGCACCAGAGGGUUCACACUGGAGAGAAGCCCUACUGCUGUGACGAGUGUGGCCGCUGCUUCAGCCAGAGCUCGCACCUCAUUCAGCACCAGAGAACCCACACCGGGGAGAAGCCCUACCAGUGCGAGGAGUGUGACAAGUGCUUCAGCCAGAGCUCUCACCUGCGGCAGCACAUGAAGGUGCACAAAGACAAGAAGCCACGCAAGAGGGGCAAGAACGCCAAGGCCAAAGCUCACCCGGUGUCCUGGAAAGCUGGUAAAGGGAGGAAGGCAGUGGCCGGGCUCCGCCAGGUGAAGGGUACUGCUUCGGGCCUUUUUAAAAAGAAAAAGUGAAAGACAGGCAAAUAUGCUCUCUUAAGAGCGAGGCUGCUUUAUAGUAGAGCACUUAGAUUUCGGAUCCUUCCCUAGCAUGGAGACACCAGGAGUCUCGUGACAUUGGGCUAAAACUCAGUCCGGCUGCCCUCACUCCUUUAGAAAAAUAAUGCAUUCGUGUGACAUGGAGCACAAAGAACUGAAAAAAAUGUUUGGUGAGGAUAUAAUAUCCUUGGCCUCAGUUGAAAUUUCUCCCCUGUUUUGAUAAAAAGCAUCAGGUUUUCAUGAUUCACAGGUGUGCCAAUGAUUACUCUGAUUUUAGGAAUUUCUGUAGAUGCAAUCA